AUGUCUAUUAAAGUUGCCAUUAUCGGCGCAGGCCUCAUCGGCCCUCGUCACGCUCAAUCCGUGAUCUCCAACCCCUCAACACAGCUGACCGCUCUCGUCGACCCAAUGCCAACAGGUGAAGCAACCGCCUCAACCCUCAAAACAAACUAUUACGCCUCCGUAGCCUCCCUGCUAGCAUCACCCCACCGCCCCGACGCAGCAAUCGUCUGCACCCCAAACCACACGCAUGUCCCCGUCGCCAAAGAGCUCCUCGCAGGCGGAGUACAUGUCCUCCUCGAAAAGCCCGUCAGUGAUACCCUCGAGAACGGACGGUCCCUCCUCGAGUUCGCCAAAGCCGCGGAGCACGCCCACCUGAAGCUCCUAGUCGGCCACCACCGCCGCUUCAACCCCUACGUGCGAGCCACCAAGUCCGUCCUCGACUCCGGCUCUCUUGGCCGUCCCAUCGCCAUUAACGGCCUCUGGACUCUAUACAAGCCGGACGCGUACUUCGCCCCGCCAACAGACUGGCGCGCCUCGAAUGACCGCGGCGGCGGCGUCAUCCCCAUCAACCUCGUCCACGACAUCGACCUCAUGCACCACCUCUUCGGACCGAUCGUGCGUGUAACAGCAGAGCGCACGCUCCCGCAGCGCCCCAGUCCCCCGCACAACGCGGACGAAGGCGCCGCACUGACGUUGCGCUUUGCCUCGGGCGUCGUGGGUACGUUCCUGGUCUGCGAUGCCACGCCCUCGCCACACAAUUUCGAGACUGGGACGGGUGAGAACCCAAUUAUUCCGAAGUCGACAACCGGCGCUGAUUCCGACUUCUACCGUAUCUUUGGAUCCGAGGCUUCGCUUAGCGUGCCUGAUCUUACCCGUUGGAGCUACGAUGCCAGUCCUGACAAGAGUUGGAAUCAUCCGUUGACUGUUGAUCGGAUUCCGCUUUCUGAUGAUAAGGCGCCGUUUGAUUUGCAGCUGGCGCAUUUUGUUGAUGUUAUUAGUGGGACGGUUGAGCCUAGUUGCUCUGGUGAGGAAGGUUUGCGUGCAUUGAUUGUCUGCGAGGCUGUUCAGAAGGCUAUGCGAUCGGGCCAGCCUGUCGAUAUUGAUGUUGACUUGUUGGCUUAA